GCAGGAUGGAGGAGCGCGAGAGGCGAGUGCUAGGUCAGGCGAGUCUGCAGAUCGCCAGCAGCAUCUUCACCGACCAAGAAGUCGCGGAGCAACUCCGCCUAGAUGUGCAGAAGCGUGCAAGCAAGGUACGAGACCAAGGCGUGUUUGCUUACACGCAACCCAUGGCCCCGACGCAAAACAUCAACAAGGGCUUCCUCCUCAACACCAUCAAAAGUGUUGACACGCAUAACCAGCGGCAGGAAGUCGACGCGUGCUAUCGCAAACGACAGUUGGAAAAGCGGCUGCACGCAGACUCUCGAAGUCAUCGACGACAUGAUUCGAGGAAGCGAUCGCGAUCGAAUGAGCGACCGGUAUCUCGAGACAUGAAGGAAACACGAACUAGCGAGGAUCAUGACAACGAGCGGGAGUUCUGGGCGGCGAGGAAGGCGCUGAAGACCCAGGCCAUCUUGGACCAAGUCGGCGAAAGAGUGUGUUCGCUUGAGAAUGCACCUGGUUACGACAGCUCGAGUCCCGACGAAUUGGCCAAAAAGAAGCAGAAAAAACUCGCGAAAAAGGCAAAGAAAGCUACAAAGAAGCUCAAAAAGAAGCACAAGGCUCAAAAGAAGCAAGCGUUGAAUUAAUGGGACCACGGAAUGUUGCUGCCAGACAUGAUGAAGCUGUCUUCGUGGGUGCCUUCGAGCAAAUGCGCGCAAAACUCGCGCUGUUUUUCCGGCGUUAGUUCUGUUUUCUACAAAGGCGUCAACCGUCAAGCGACAAGGAAUAUUUACGACCUGGUUGGGCACGACAAUAUUCAUUGGGGGCUGCUGGGUCAUCUGAAGGCGGCUCUGAAACUCCAUGAAGGCUGCCUCAACGAUCAAGCGCUCGAGUGGCACAGCCAAGGCAAGCAGGGCCUCUUUGUACGUGUCUGCGGCAGUCGUCCAUGCUUUGUGUUGCUAGAGUUGGUCAAAUGAAUGCAAGUCUACCACUUGUCGUGAA